AAAAGAUCUGACGGUGAAUGUGGUCCACAGCAUCCCCAGGUUGUUGGCCUACCUGCCGUCUGAGCUCAAUGUUAGAUCUCAGCUGAACCAGACUGAGUCCAGCAUGGUGGGUUUAGUGGAGGUAUCGUCGGGCAGGAGGAGACUCUGGGCUCUGGGAGAGCUGGCAGCCAUAGAGAGUGGACACAGACAGGACAUAAAGGUGAAGCAUUCGUACCCACAGCUGAAGCCUCUGCCCAGGACGGUUACAGUGAGGACGCUCUAUGAGGCCAGAAGAUGGGGCUACAACCUUCAGCAGUCAGCUGUGUGGGGCAAACACAAGUUCAGCUUGUCUGCUCUCUACUCCACUCCUCCAGCACUGGAGACUGGGAAUCAGACACUGAAGAAUCAGAGCUCUCAGCUCAUGGAAGCACUCUGAGGAGAGAAAUGAGACCAAGCUGGUCCUGGAACAUCCUUUCUCCUCCACAAUGAGGCAGCUGUCCCUGCACACUGAGGCCCACAGCUCACAGAUGGAGCAAAGCACCAGACACCAGACCCGUGUGUCGUGGGAUGGUGCAGUCCCUGUCAACAUCUCCCUCAGCCUGGAUGAACUGUUGCAGUCUGACUCCAAGGGGGGUAAGGCGUGUGUGCUGCUGUCAGCACAACAGAUGGUCGUAUCUUCUGUUAAGGGCUGUGUGUCAGUGAGUCCGGGGGGAAACUUGUACUCACAGAUGGCAGAAAUCACAUGGGACGGCAAAGGUUUCAGACAAAACAGCUCGUACCAGAUAUUUUCUCGUGGGCUGCAUAACCUUCAGGUUUAUGUUGCUCUGGAUGGAGCGUCCCCUUCAGCUUGUCAUUCAAAUGAACUCUUGGUCAASGUUCAAACCAACCUCAGGAACCAUUUGGAACAUAGGGUUGAGCUGGGAGUUUGUCCCCACCAGCCUAGACUGUCAUGGUCUGGAUCUCACAGAGUAAACUCAGGAGAGAAGRUGUUCUACACUCAGUCUCAGCUGACAGUGACGGGUCAACCUCAUCAGUGCAGCUUCACACURGCCCUCACUAACUCCUCCACAGCUCAGAGGACCAACAUGGCUCUGCUCUCUGAGUGGAGAGUAGAUAAUUUGAGCCUGGAGCUGGGGGGCCAUGCCCUGUUUUGGCCUCAUGUGUCAGGUCUUCAAGUUCAGGCCACACUGGACCGCAAAGAGAAGAUUUGGCUGAAUGGGACGCUGGAGGGACUGUGUCUUGAGACGACGGCAGGAUACAUGAACGGUCCAGACCUCUGUGAGGAUCUCACGUUAGRGGUGUGUGCAGCAGCCAAUCACAGUUUGAGGAUGGAUGUGCAGCGAAGACAGGCCUGCAGCGAGUCUGAAAUUCUUGGAAGUUUGUCUCUUGGAAAAGCUUAUCAGAGGCUAAUGCUGAGAGCCAGUGGCUGUUUGGAUAGUUUAACUGCUGUAGAGGAACGAAUCCAUUAUUUCAGCUCUCAGAUUCAGGAUAAAAUAAUGAAGAGGAUGAAAACAUUCCAGCAACUUAUAAUAGACAUCAGAGGACAGUCCAGAGAUGGUGCCCUGCUGCAGGAUCUGAGUGUGGUGCUUCUUCACGCUUCACAGCAUGCUGAAGCUCUGCUGAAGCAGACUGAUGGAGGUUUGUUGUCCCUGUGGCUCAGAAGCCCCCUCCGUCACUCCCUGACCAUCGGCCUGCCCCACCUUCUGACUGUGCUGCAACAAACAUCUCUGCUGGGACAACAAGAGUUGAGGAGACCCCUGGCCACUCUGGCAGGUGUGUACCAGGAUGUGACGGGUCAAAAGUUGGAGUCACUGUGGAGGAAGGCUGUUUUGGUUUGGACUGAUGGGCUGGUGGAUAUUCUACACAUUCAGCUGGAUAAUCCCCACCUGAGGUUGUUUUCACAGACUGGAGUCUCAGCCCUCACAGCUGCUCUGGAUGUGACAGUCCAACAUGCCUCUCACUGGGCUGAAAGCAAGCUGGCCUUGGUUCUGUCCYGAGUCCGGAAGCGGCUGGCCUCGGUGUACAGAUUCUCCCCCAGACAUUGUGAAGUGACCGUGUCGGUGCCGCUGCCGCCUCUCGCUGUGUCGAGGGUGCCUGAGGUCGGGCUGUUGGAGGUCCUUCUGGAGGAGUGGCUCCUGAGGCCCCUGCAGGCCCUCGCCUCUGUCAGACCAAAAGCUGAACUUUAUCGCUUCAAGAGGAAGAUCAUGGACGGUCCUUUCAGAAAUGAAGCUCUGCUGGUGGCUGAUCAGUUUGUGGUGACGUUUGACGGUCGCUUGUUCGAGCUCAAAGAUUCAUGUCCACUGCUUCUGGCCCAGGACGUCCGCAGUGACCCCUCAUUCAUGCUGCUGCUCCAUGCAGAACCCCACAGCCUCCUCCUGAUACAUAUGAAGAACAUUACGAUCAACAUUCAGUCCACUGGGCAGGUGAAGGCUGACUGCAGCAGUGCAGUCACACAUUACAGCGAGAGUGGACUGACUGUGAAGACAGAGUCAAAUGUUGUUCAGGUGUCCAGUCAGGAUGGACAAUCUGUGUGGUGUGAUUUGCAGCUCGAGGUGUGCAGCUUCACUCUGGAUGGAUGGUUACACGGUGCAUCUUCUGGUCUUCUUGGUACAAACGACAACGAUGCAGGGAAUGAAUUUCUUUUGCCUGACGGCUCUCAAGCUCAAACAUUGGAGGAAUUUGUCCACAGCUGGCAGCUACAACCAAAGUGCAGCAAACGUCCAGCUGAAGCUGCUUCUAAAGCAGCCAUGAGUGCAGUGAGCUGUGACUUCCUGUUCUCUGCUCCUGAUUCACCACUCAGUUCCUGUUUUAGGGUGGUGGAUCCUGCUCAGUUCUGGUCCGUGUGUGAGMUGAGCUCCAGCAGAGCCCCCUGCAGAUUAGCUCAGGCUUUUGUCCACCUCUGCCAGCAGAACUACGUACCUCUGGAGGUUCCGGUCCAGUGUA